AUGAAAGUUGGUUUGAAUCGGCGUUCGCUCGGAUUACUUGCUGCCCUGUUUACGAUUCUGUCCUUAUUGUGUCUUUAUUCGAUAUCUUUUGGCACAACCACCGAUCGGGCGCUAAAGAGCGAAGCGGACGGUUCUAUUCGUCCCCUUUCUCAGUUGCCGGAGUAUAUUGCUAAUACAGCUAAUCAUGACCACAUCACAUUGUCCAAAACGCAAUGGGAACAAUGUCUGGAUCCCGGUGCCGAACCUGCCUAUUACUUGUCCAUAGUCAUUGUGACGCGAAUGGAUGAUUAUGCCGGGAACCAGCAUCACCGUUUUCAGAACUUUAUCGACAGCACGUACAUUUUGGCCGAACGCACCAAGACCAAAAUUGAACUGUUGAUUGUUGAAUGGAACCCGCCAAAGGAUAAACGGAGAAUCGUUGAUGCUUUCAGAUUCCGUCAUUCUCAAUACUUGAAUCAUCGAAUUAUCACCGUACCUAAAGCCAUCCAUGACGCUCUACCUAACGUCGGCAAUGCGCCACUGCACGAAUUUGAAGGGAAAAAUGUCGGCAUCCGAUUCGCUCGAGGCGAAUUUAUUGUGUGCACAAAUCAAGAUGACAUCUGGUCACACAAUUUCCAUAAUGCUAUUCAAUCGCGUGUUUUCGAAAAAAAUGUCAUUUAUUUGCAGCACCAAGAUCAUCACAACAUUCAUGCCGAAAAACUUCCUCCGUCGCUGGUCAAGGUCCCCAUCUUUGCGGACGACGACAUUAUUUAUAAUGCGUGUCAGCUGGGUGAUCAAGAUUGGGGAAACUAUACGUUGGCAGCUCCCAUGAACGUGACGACAGAAAAUAUUCUUGACAUUGCCGAUCAAGCCGGCGAUUUUACCAUGGCCCACCGUGAUACGUGGAAAAUCCCUCGAGGUUAUCGUGAAGCGGGUGGCGUCGCAUGGAUGGAUAUUGAAUUCAUUUGUACCGCGACUUGGACGUAUGGUAUCCCUGUGGUUUACAGCAAACCAGGUUUUACAUGUCAUCAAGAUCAUCAAAAUAUCUGGGAAUUCAUUCCGGAACGACAUAAUGACAACAAAGACAUCGAUAUGGGGGAAAUCAUGCGCAAAGAAAAAGUGUACAUCAACAAGGAGAAAGAAUGGGGUCUUCAACAACUCGACAUUUGGGACAUGGAGUUGGAAUGUCUUCAAUUCCGAGGAGGACUCGUUUGGUAA